AUGUCGGCUGAGGAAGUUGUGGCUGAGGUCGAGGUCCCCAAGGAGCUCGGAGAGAUGGACGCUCUCAAGGAAGUGCUCAAGAAAGCGCUUAUCCACGACGGUCUCAAGCGUGGCCUGCACGAAGCUGCCAAGGCUCUGGACUCGCGUCGCGCGCGGUUGUGCUGCCUCUCGCAGGACUGCGACGAGCCAAGCUACAGCAAGUUGGUGCGUGCUUUGUGCGAGGAGCACGGCGUGAACCUCGUCCUGGUGCCUUCUGGCAAGCAGCUCGGUGAGUGGUGUGGACUGUGCAAGAUCGACGCCUUGGGUGAGGCCAGAAAGAUCGUGUCGACGUCGUGCGCCGUCAUUACGGACUUUGGGGAGGAGACGCACGCGCUGAACGUGCUGCUGGACUACCUCAAACGCCAGGGUGAGAACUAG